AUUGUGAAAAUAUUCUACUUGGAAGAUGGCUUGUUCUCUUUCUCUACACGAAGUUGCAUUGCAGUUUCUUUUAAAAACGGAUGACAGCGUUCCCUCCAGGAGAUUUUCUAAUGUCAACAUAAAAGAAUGCAAUGCCAAGGAAAAUAGUAGUUUUUCAGACGCAUUUGUCAAAUUUGAUUCCGGAUUUUGCGUUCCUCUGUUUUUAUUUUGGCAAGAAUCCAUUUGCAAAUUAAUGGAAAGGAAAAUACUAGAGAAAGCAAAAACUAAAAACGAUAGCCGAUUUGAGAAUCUUAUCAAUUUUCUUGAAGACGAGAAUAACAGAAGACAUCUUAUGAAAGCCACUAGUGCAGGGUCUGAAUCUGAACUUCAGUCUAUUUUGGCACAUCAUCUGUUUGCACCAUUAGCGUCAUCUUCCAAAUAUUUAGUGGAUGAAUCUAAAGUAUACACUCAACAAUGCCUAGCUUGCAAAAAGAAAUUAAAUGUGGGUGACACUUCAUUUGGACAUGCAGAAUAUUGGCAUGGGCAUGCUGAUAUUCUUAUUGGUAAAAGUACUGUGAAAGUUGGAAAGGAUUUGGAGGAUGCUAAGGCCACAGAAGAAAGUAGUAAUAGAAGUAUGGGUGAACCAUCACAUAAGUAUAUGAGAAGAAAUAAUGGACAGAAGUAUGGAUCAUCAAGAGAUUCAGAAGAUUCAGAUGAAGACUUAGAUUGCAGUUCUUUAUCAGUACAUUUGAAUGAAGAAGGGGAUCAUUUACCUCAAAUCUUUUCACAAACUAUUACAAAUGCAUUUUUUGAAUCAUCAAAAUGCUCAAAACUGUCAGAUUUGUUCAUCCCAUCAUUUUUUGCAACACCAGAUGUUAUUAGUAUUCAUAUGUAUAACUGUGAGAGAGAUAGGUUAUACACAUCUGAAAACAUGAACAUUUGGUCUGGUGAUAAUUAUAACAUAGGUACAAUAGUUUGUAUUUGGUUUGCACUGCACUUUGAGAGAUUUCAGAACAAAGUUCCAGAAGAAGAAUUUACCAUGAGAAAUGUUCCAAAAGCUAACUUUAAGACAGUUGUUGGGGAUCUGCUGCCCAUAUAUGAGAAAAACUUGACAAAACCCUUGAAGAAUUCAAAAGAAAGAAAUUCAGCUGAAAUUAACUUUGACAUGAAAUUUUUAUUGAUUGUAUCAGAAUAUUCAAAACAAAUGUCAGAAAAACUGCAAAGGAUUCAAACUAUGUAUGAAAAUAAGCUACAAGUGUCUGAUGAUUCUAAAUAAAUAUAUUUUUUGAGAUG